AAAAAAAAACGCCGAUUCAAAAUCUUUCUGUGCUUUUUCAGAAAAUUUGACAAACCGACAGAUUGUCGACGAUUUAAUAUUGGCGUGGCAAAGAAAAAACUCACACUAUUAACAUAACAUAAUGAAAUGUUACCAACAAUUGCAUUUGAAUUAGAAAAAUAACAAUUUUCAGUCAUUGCAACAGGUAAUCUCCCUUCGUGUAACCGUCCUGCGAUACCGUUCUGACGCCUGCGCGAAGUUAUCAGUUGUCUUGCGAAGGCGGCUGCAGGCAACUGGCGUUAUCAUCUGCGCGUUGUCUGACUGUGUCUGGUCUGACAUCUGACACUCUGACCGUCGUCAGAAAGAUGAUGACCUCGUCAGAAACGUCAGAAGUGGAGAAUUUGGGUGAUGAGAAGGGCGCUGAGGACUCGGCGAUCCUGGAGGUGAGCUCUAUGGCGGUGGGCGGAAUCGUGAAGCAGGAGAGUCGCGACGUCGACUAUCUGUCCAACUGCAGCACCUCCAUCGAGGGAUCCGUGGUUGCGUCCCCUUCUAUCGAUAGUUUCUCCACUCUGCCAGAUCAGGAGAUAUCGGACUUCCAGACAGACUCGAGAGAUCUACAGGUAAAAGUGGACAAUCCACAAAAACACCUGGAGACUCUGGAGACAUAUAUAACAUUCCGCAUAACAACCAGAACUACGCGUCCAGAGUUCGAGGAAGGAGAGUAUGUAGUUCGCAGGCGAUACAAUGACUUUAUUUGGCUGCGCCAAAAAUUAGUGGACACUUAUCCAACUCAUAUCAUACCGCCAAUGCCAGGCAAGCAUACUUUACUCGCUCAACUAGAUCGUUACUCCAAGGAAUUUAUCAUAGCGCGUAUGAAGCUUUUGCACAUAUUCCUGAACCGAGUAGUGAAUCAUCCUAUUCUCAGUUGUGAUAAGAAUCUCUAUAUUUUUCUUACAACAAAACCUUCAGAAUUUCUUGUUUAUCGUAAAAAUCGUGGGAAUGUGUUCGGAAAAGUGACUGACUCCUUGCAAAACAUAGCGAGUACUUACACAAUGAAACAGCAUCAUUUAGAGUUUGAACAGAUUCGGGAUUAUUGCACAGCAUUGAGUGAAAAAUUGUCUGCUAUAGACAAGAUCAAUAAUCGUAUACACAAAGAGAGGCAAGAUUAUUUAAUGGAGCUUCAUCAAUUGCAUCCAAUAUUUACUCUGUGGGCUACCUCGGAACCAGAACUCGCGCCCAUUUUAUUGGCGAUUGCUAAAGCGGUGGAAACGAACGCAACGGCGCACCAGAAACUUCUGGAGAACGUUCCCAAUGACGAACGCGAAUAUGUUUCGUACAUAGAAGCGGUCAAAAACGCAUUAUCCCGGCGAGACUCGAUGCAGAUUGAAUACGAGAUAACGGUCGAUAUGUUAGCGAAGAGAAGAUUAGAAAAGGACCAGUUGAUAGGAAAUCCGAGCUACACGAUUCCCGCGCAAGGCUGGGGCGGGUCUCUUUGGAAAGCAGAAUCUCGCGAUGAAAAAUUAGAAAGACUCGGCCAGACUAUUCCGCGACUGGCCAAGCAAGCGGAGAUAAUGCAGGAUCGCGUGGAGUGCGCGAAUGAGAAUCUGCGUAGCGAUUUUCAAAGAUGGAACAUGGAAAAGCAACAGGAUUUGAAGAACAUGCUGAUCACGAUGGCGGACCAACAUAUCAGACAUUAUCAGCAGUGCAUGAAUGCGUGGGAGGAGAUUCUCACUGGCCUCAAGUUGGACGGAAUCGGAUCUGACGUUAAUGUGGGGCCCCCCGUUAAGAUACCCGUUUGAAUCGUUAGUUUCUUCGCCACUCGAAAGGAUAUGAAAUAAAUAUUCGUUAUACAUAUACGAAGAUAACACAUCAGUUAAAAAGAAUCUAUAUGACACAAAGUUUAUUACAAUUUAAAAAAAUGAUCUCUUCAAUUAGCUUCGAAUAUCAUUGCUUUGGAAAUUGUAUUGUUUCAAAAUCUCGAAAAAAAAAUUAUGCAGUAUCUGCGAACCGUAACGCACUUAACGAUGAAAAUUGCAUUUGAUGUACAAUACAAUAUAUGCUAAUAUCAAAAUUCUAUCUGAAAAAUUCGCCUUUAUGAUACAAUAAUCUUGUGAUAACGUGAAAAAUUAAGUAUAACACAUUGGUCCUACAUAUGCAUGCAGGACAAGUUUAGAUAUAUAUAAUGUACAAGCAAAAAUUUGCCGAUGUUCUUCAGAUGUUUAUGUCGUCAGUUAAUUUUGGGGACCAAAGUAUAUAUCGAGGCGUUUAUCGCCAUAUUCCCUUUUUCUUUCUUACUUUGUGAAGCACAUUACAACACAUUUAUUGACAAUCAGUUUAGUCACCUCUAUAUCUACUACCAAAGUACAGCAGUUACCAUGAUAGCAUAGAUAGCGUCAAUGUGUAUAGUAUACAGCACUGGUAAAUUUUACAAAUCGGAGCAAAAUUUGCUUGCGAGAGCUUCGUUGUAUCGUUAAUUAGUACCAUUAGCCUAAGUUUAUGAAUUAUGUCUCUAAGUUUAUGAACAAAUCGCACCGCGCACUGAAUCGAUUUCGCUUAGUAAAAAAGGAUGUAGCAAGAAUCCUAUAUGGCUUACACGUUCCUUUGUAUAUCCGUUAUUUAUGCUCGAAAAGGAAGAUACUCUUUGCUAACAGCAAAACUGUUAAACAAGGCGGAGUACAUUUCUAUACAUUAUAUGCCACGGCUUGGCAAGUUGGCAAAAAUGGUGGAGUUUGUAUCAAUAAAUAAAUUAUUGUUUGCAAUGAAA